UUCUCAAUUUUGUUUUUUCUUUUUCUCUGGUUUAAACCCCAACACUAUCCCGCUCUCUGAACACACAACGCUUUCUUUCCUCUCUUUCUCUAAGCUCUUUCAGUCUCUGCAUUGCGGAGCUUACAAGACAGAUUCAGGUUGCUUACCUAAUUUGAGUGUAAUGAUUUAUGUUGUUCUUGUCUAAGGCUUCUAAAUAUGAAGAAGGAAAAUGUGCUUCCUACUAAUUUUGGAGAUAUUAAUGGUCGAAUAACACGUUCACGGGCAGCUGCCCUGCAUGCAUCUAGCAGGAUGCCAUCUUUGAGGGCAUAUGCACAACAAGGUCAGAAGCAUAUUUCACGAGCAAAAUCAAAAAGAGCAGCCUUGGAUGAGAACAACACCACUGCACCUGAAAAUGCAGGCACUGAGCCUAAGAGGAGAGCAGUGCUUCAGGAUGUCACAAAUGUUUGCUGUGAGAAUUCAUAUAGGAGUUGUUUCAAUGCAACUAGAAUUCAGGCUAAGAAUGGAAAGCAGGCAAAAAAGAGUCAGCUCAAUGUGUCCAAAGUGGCUCCUUCACUUUCUGUAGAAGUUCCAAAUCUUCAAGCUAACUUAAAGGCUAAAACUGUUCAAGAAACCAUACAAAUAGAGCCUAAAUCAGAAGUUACUUGUUCAACGACUUUUGAGAAAGAUGUGCAUUCUCAGCUAAGUAACAUGAGAGAGUUUGGCACAAGUAACCACUGGCCUCCAAAACAAAGUUCCAGAAUGCCAUCACAACCCAGCAGUCCUCUGAAGAAAGUGGAGAAACGUGGCCUUAUUAACAGUGGGAUGAAAUCAAGUGAUCCAGACUUUACAGACAUCGAUUGUGAUCACAAGGAUCCUCAACUCUGUAGCCUCUAUGCUGCUGACAUCUAUAGCAACUUACAUGUUGCUGAGCUUGUCCGAAGGCCAAAUUCUACUUACAUGGAAACUAUACAGCGGGAUAUCACUCAAAGCAUGCGUGGGAUUCUGGUUGAUUGGCUUGUGGAGGUGUCUGAGGAAUAUAAGUUGGUCCCUGAUACACUUUACCUCACAGUCUAUCUCAUAGAUUCGUUCCUCUCUCAAAAUUACAUUGAAAGGCACAGGCUUCAACUACUUGGUAUUACCUGCAUGCUGAUUGCAUCCAAAUAUGAAGAAAUUUGUGCGCCACGGGUGGAAGAAUUUUGCUUCAUUACUGACAACACAUACACAAAGGGUGAGGUGUUAAAGAUGGAAAGUCUAGUGUUGAAAUAUUUUGGCUUUCAAAUAUUUGCUCCUACUGCAAAAACUUUUCUUAGGAGAUUCCUACGUGCAGCACAGGCUUCUAUCGAGAGCCCUAGUUAUGAACUGGAGUACUUGGCCGAUUAUCUAGCAGAACUGACAUUGAUUGACUACAAUUUCUUGAAUUUCCUUCCCUCAGUCAUUGCUGCAUCAGCUGUAUUUCUCGCUAGAUGGACACUGGACCAGACAAUCCAUCCCUGGGAUCCAACUCUAGAACACUACACUUCCUACAAGGCAUCAGAUAUUAAAACCACAGUUCUUGCAUUACAAGACCUACAAUUGAACACCAAUGGGUGUCCUCUUAGUGCUAUAAGAAUGAAGUAUAGGCAACAAAAGUUCAAAACUGUGGCAACUUUGUCUUCUCCAAAGCUUCUUGAAACAUUAUUCUGAAGACAAGUUCAUUGGUUGUACGUUAUUGAAAGUGGUUCCCUCUGGACCAUCAAUUCCGUCUUGAUGUUGUACGUGAUAUCUAAUCAGAACCCUCUUUCCUCAUUUAUAUAAAAUUUCUGAUCUUUAUUCUUCCCCCCUCCUAUCUCAAACUUUGUUUAUAGUUUUUUGAGACUUCUGUUGGUUUUGUUACAUCUGACCUGUGGUUGUAAAGCUAUAUCUGAGAAUAGGUUUGUCAUGCCACUAAGCUAGAAUUCUAAUGUAAUCAAUAUUCUUAGCACGUCAGUCACCAGGAAAUUUUUCGGUAGAUUGUAAAGGUUCAGAAACAGAAUGUAACCUGUUGAAUGUAACUUUGGCAGCAUUGGCCCAGCAGAAUUAAUUGUGUUUUCAUCUUUGCAACUCUUUA